AUGUUCCGCUCCGCUGUCGUCCGCUCCCUCAGGGCCUCCGUCCCUCGUGCCGUCAAGACUCCGGCUCCCUUCCAGAUCCGUAGCUCUCCUGUCGCUCGUCCGGCCCAAUUCGCCCCUCGCUUUGCCUACCAGGGUGUCAGACUCUACUCCGCUCCCGCCGGUCUCAACAAGGAUGAGGUUGAGGGUCGGAUAGUCAACCUUCUGAAGAACUUUGACAAGGUCUCCGAUGCUAGCAAGAUCAACGGUGCCUCUCACUUCGCGAACGACCUCGGUCUGGACAGCUUGGAUACCGUUGAGGUCGUCAUGGCCAUUGAGGAGGAAUUCAGCAUUGAGAUCCCCGACAAGGAGGCCGACUCCAUCCACAGCGUUGACAAGGCUGUUGAGUACAUCCUUGGUCAGCCCGAUGCUCACUAA